AUGUCGGAAGCACCACCGUCUCAGCCACCGCCUCCAACAGCCGACGCCACAUCGCCGCCGUACUGGUGCUACCACUGCGAGAAGCGCGUUACAGUCGAAACGCUCGCCAAUCUCCCAGACGUCGUCUGCGGCGAGUGCAAAAACGGCUUCGUCGAAUCCAUCCCCACGCCGUCGCGCUCGCGCUCCCCAUCCGCCUCAUCCGAUGACCCCUACUUUGGCUCGCAGUUCCUCCAGGUGCUUCGCCUAAUCGCGCAGUCGGCGCGUGACGAAGACGCGUCGCCUCCGCCGCCACCGAACCGCUCCCCGGAGAACGAUUUCCUUAGAAUCGAGCUCGGCGGCUGGGACAACGACGAAGAAAACGAAAACGAGAACGACGACGAUAACGGCGACGAGGAGUUCGAGGAGCACGAGGAGGCGGAGGAUCGCUCCGGCAACGAGGAUCCGCACGGAGACGACGAGGAUCUGAGAAGGAGGAGGCGCGAGCUGCUUCGGCUUCGGAUUAGGGAUUUGGCGACGCGCACGAGGAGCAUGCGGAACCGGAUCUUGGAUUGGGCGGAGAUUCUGAUGGGCCUGGAGGACAAUUCCAUUGAGUUCCGCCUCCGGGUGCCGGAAUCCGACCGCUACGUCGGGAAUCCGGAGGAUUACGUCGACGCGGUGGAGUACGAGGCGCUACUGCAGACGCUGGCAGAGACCGACGGCGGGGGCAGGAGAGGAGCGCCACCGGCUUCGAAGUCCGCUGUGGAAGCCUUGCCGACAGUGAAAAUUGCGUCGGAGAGCGAAACUGUGGUGUGCGCUAUUUGUAAGGAUUUGCUCGGCGUAGGAGACCCCGCGAAGAGGUUACCGUGCGGGCAUCAUUAUCAUGGGGAUUGCAUUGUUCCUUGGUUGAGCUCCAGAAAUUCUUGCCCUGUUUGUAGGUUUGAGCUUCCAACGGAUGAUAAGGAAUAUGAGGAAGAGAGAGUGGUUAACGCUGCCUCUUCGAAUUCGAACGGAGCUUCCAGUUCCGGUGGAGGUGGAAGGGCCAUUGUUUGA